GAGGAGAAAUCCCUGGUCUCUCAACCCGGAUGCUAAACCACAGCUAUCGAUAAUUUUGCAGCGCUGUAGGCAGAGCAAGGGGGCGGAAAUAUUUCAGUACCCUUGAAGCGGACAGCUCUCCCCCGGAUCCUCACGCUUCGGACCGCCCGGCUCCGCAUCCGAGCCUGGGGGGCUGGCACUGCAGGAUCAUCAUUCAUACCCAAGACAGGGAAAAGUGUAAGCGGCCACACUAAAGGCAAACACGUCCCUGCUCUUGCAACAUCGUGACCACUUGCACGCCACUAGCCGUAGUGGAAAGGGGGAGAAAGAGAAAAGGGGGAGAAGAGCAUCAAUACGGAGAGAGAUGGCGGAGUGCGGGCGGAAGGCGCUGUCUCUCCUGGAAGCGGCCCGCUCCCGGUACGAGAGCCUGCAGAUAUCCGACGACGUGUUCGGCGAGUCCGGCGAUGACAGCAGUGACAAUCCCUUCUACAGCACCUCCGGAGACUCCGACUCCGACAACUACAUAGCCGAGGUGGGCGAGGAGGAGCAGCCGCAGCCGCAGCCGCAGCAGAACCACCACCACAAACGGGGCGAUAAGGAGAGCACCGGGAACAGCGGAGCCGGUCCUCCGGGCGCUCUGUCCCGGAGUCAGGCACAGGAGGAGGGCUGGACGGAGACUCUGCAGGAUGUCACGGUGCCGCCGUUCAAAGACACGUAUGGCCCUGCUCAGAAGAUGCCGGCCACCGCCACAGCCUUGGACUUCUUCCAGCUCUUCGUCCCUGACAAUUGCAUCCAAAACAUGGUCACCCAGACCAACAUGUAUGCCAAGAAGUUCCAGGAGCGCUUUGGGUCCGACGAAGGCUGGCGCCCCGUCACAGCCCAGGAGAUGAAGGCCUUCCUGGGCUUUGUCACCUCCACCAGCGUGCAGCGCUGUGAGUCCGUGCUCAGCAUAUGGAGCUCGGGCUUCUUCAGUAACCGGAGCAUCGCGCUGAAGAUGAGCCAGGCGCGCUUUGAAAAGAUCCUCAAGUACUUCCACAUUGUGGCUUUCCGGCCAUCACAGGGAAGCAACCAGGGCCUGUACAAGAUCCAGCCCUUCCUGGACAUGCUGCAGCAGUCGUUCAGCUGCACCUUCAGACCUUCACAGACGCAGGUUCUUCAUGAGCCCUUGAUAGACGAGGAUCCGGUGUUCAUCACCACCUGUACGGAAAGAGAGCUGAGGAAGAGGAAGAAGAGGAAGUUCAGCCUCUGGGUACGACAGUGUACCUCCACCGGAUUCAUCUGUCAGAUCUCCGUCCAUCUGAAGGAGGGCACAGAUGGCCUGGCCGCCUUGAAGAACAAGCCUCAGCUCCACAGCCUCGUGGCCAAGCAGCUCUGCCAGAACAUCUCUGGCAAGAACACCAUCAUCUUCACCGGGCCGUCCAUCACAAGCCUCGGCCUCUUCACAGAAUUCAGCAAACAAGAUAUCUACUGUUGUGGUCUGCUGAGCACCAGGAAGAGCGACUGUACAGGCUUACCACAAAGCAUGCUGGUCUGCAGCUCCACGCCAGCGCAGCGCGGCCAAUCACGAGUGAUGAUGAAAGGCAGCAUGUCACUGAUCAGCUGGUACAACAAGGGACACUUCAGGUUCCUCACCAACGGUUAUUCCCCAACAAAACGAGGUAUCAUCAUUAAGAGGAAAAGUGGGGAGAUCCCAUGUCCCUUGGCUGUCGAGGCCUUUGCGGCGCACCUCAGCUACAUCUGCAAAUAUGACGACAAGUACAGCAAGUACUUUAUCUUCCACAAGCCCAACAAGACCUGGCAGCAGGUGUUCUGGUUGAGCAUCAGCAUCGCCAUCAACAACGCGUACAUCCUCUACAAGAUGUCUGACGUCUACACAGUCAAGCGAUACAGCCGAGUGCAGUUUGGAGAAAGACUGGUCAAAGAGCUGCUGGAUUUAGACGACUGCUCCCCCACACAGUGAGGAGGAGAAGGAGGAGGAGGAGGAGAAGGAGGAGGAGGACGACGAUGACGACGACGCCAAACACAGCACACACACACACACUCACACACAAACACAAUUCCCACAGAUGUACACUUCAUUACGGUUGUAUAGACACUGCAGUCUGUGUAUUAUAAUGAAGCAGUGCCAAGCCUGUGUUUCUCUUCCUCUAGUUGUUUUCCAUGGUACUGUAAAUAUUCCUGAACACACGACUGCACUCCACACAGUAGAGAAUCUCGAGCCAUGGGACAGUUCACAUGCCUCAGCUGCAACGUCCAACCACAUAGAUUUACUAAGGAUUUGUCAGCAGGAGCUCUUUCACAAGCAGACACGCAGGCGGGAACAAUGAAGCCGGGAAGAAUUUACCGUUGAAUGAUGUCAGCUUCAAGUCUCAACCCUUAUCAAAGAGUGAAGGUGUUGACAUCAGCCUGACUCUCCCAUGUGAGUGUUUAAACUUGUACUCGUCAGGCCAAAAGGCGACAAGUAGCUCGAUAUCUCCACGCUGCAAAAACACCUGUGAGCCUGUAACACAAGCUUAGUAAAACCAGGACAACCAGGUGUGUUCUCACGCUGCAUGAAUAACCAUCUUGUUUGGUGUGAAAAUUAUUCUCGCUUCGGGUGGGUUUUGAAAGUGUGUGUGUGUGUGUGUGUGUGUGUGUGUGUGUGUGUGUGUGUGUGUGUGUGUUUAGCAAGUGGAACUGCCAUUUGAGUGUGCAACGUUGAGCCUGGGGACGUAACUGUAUGGCUAUUGUGACCCAGAUGUGUCGUGUUGCUGCAUACUGUAUUCAGUAGAGGAAGACUGUCAGCUGACGUAAAGCCACACACAGCAGUGUGCCACCAACUCACAGGCUCCCAAUUCAAUAGAGCCAAAAAAGGAAUUUAUUUUAACUUUUUAUUAAAAAAAGUUACAAUUUAAAGUUUGGAAGGGAAAAACGUUCUUAGGUUUUAUUUCUGAAGACUUAAACAAAACAUUUAAAACUCUUUGAAUGACAACUUGAAGUAACAACCACACAACUGUUUAAUCUUAAUUCAAGUAUUUCAAAAUUGUGAAAAGAGCUCAGACAAAAACAUAAAUUUUGUGGAAAAAAAAAAAGAAUCAAACAAUAAAUGCCCAAUGCCAAAGGUGGAUAAACUCAUCCUAUUUGUCUAUUCUCACAGUUAACUAUUAUAACUAUACUUCGCAGUUAUCUCCUCUUGUAUUUAACUGGGCUUUGCAGGGCACAACAAGUUCAAAGUAUCCUUAAUUGAAUGUAAGCAAUCUCGUGGGAAAGAUGGCAGGGAAUUGGAAAAAUAUUGCUCGGCAAGAUUUGGUACAAGAAGAAAAAACGUACUCACUGGUGGCUUAUAAAAUGUUGCAACACAUCUUAAUGUAGACAAGGCUUUGGGGCUUUGGGGCCCAAAUAUCAUCAGGAAGUCCAGAAAGUGACAAAUAACUGGAUUAUUUCUAUUAGUGAGGACUUUUGAAAGAGAUAUUACCGUCUAUUAUACAUGUUUUUUAUGAUAAAUCACAUAAUGCCAUCUCGCCUGAAAUGGCAAAUGUCUCGCCAAGUAACAUAUUUAGACCACCUGUCGCCCAGCCAAUGGAAGUGUGAGUGCAGAGGCAUUAAUCUGAUUAAAACGCUCCUUCUGUCUGCCGACCACACUGCUGUCUGUAGCUUUAUCCAGAAUCCACUGAGUCCACUUUGCUCGGCUUCACAUGGUAUGCAGUCAACAUGUUAGUGUCGUGCUGGAAUCCCGUCACGUUUUCUUAAGUGAAAGGUUUUGAUGUGUUCUUGCUCAACCCGCAUGGCGCAUGGCGCAUGGCGCGAUCUAUUACAGGACGAUGGCGGUGGUCUUCAAGCUGGCAGGACUCAUGCACUUUCUCUCAUCACGGUCUCGCACUUUGAGAAGCGUUGUUAAAUUAGCAACACGUCGACUAGAUAAUGCUUUUAGUUUUGAACCCAAUGACACUGUUCUCGGAAAAAAAUAUGGGAAUAAAUUAAUAAGUUCUGUAAAUAUAGGUAGAUAAAUUAAAUGGAUUGUAUAAAAACAAAAAAAUGCCAAUGAAAUAAGAUGGAAAAGUAAUGACUAUAACCAAAACAGAAAAUAUUUCCACUGUAGAUUUGGAGUACAAGGUACAGUAUGUAUGUGUAUAUUUUGUUUACAAAUUACUGCACUAAGUGUGUGACCAUAAUCACUCUGUCACUGAGACUCAAGAUUGUGAUUUUUUUAACUUUUUCACUAAUCCAAAGCAUUGUUGUUGUCACUGUGGCCCGUGUCAAAAUGUGUUUCAUUAAUGUUCACCUCAAAGUAGCAAUGUUAACACCCUGUCACGUCACGUCAACUUGUGAUUUUAACGUUCAAUAUUGACUAUAAUUGACUAACACACACAUUUGAUGUGAAAUGAAUUGGGUCAUAAGCUGUAGCCAUUUGAGAUAUACACGCAUUAUUUCAUUUUCCCAAGAGUGUUUCGUCCAGUCGUGCCCGACUGUGCUGCGAUUGGCGAAUGAUCCGGCGAUAGCAAUGUUCUUUAUACGCGGUGACGAGAACGGAGACUGCAUGUAAAGAUGGAUGGCGUUGUUAAAGCUUACUCAUUUAGUAGCUGGCUUGCUAGGUUUAGGAAAUGAUCAUGGUUUGGGUUCAAAUGAAGCCUUUCUGAUGGACACCCCUGAAAGCAAACUUCUCCUGUGAGCAAAAUAAACCAAACGGCCAAUCACAGGACAGACUUGGCGAAAAAAAACAUUGUAAAAAAACACAGGUGAUCUACUGGCACACCCUGGAGUGUAGCAGCAAGGUGAGAUGGUAACCUACUGGAGGUCAGGAUACUCUACUUUUUAAAAUGGUGUUGGAUUGCUUCCAUUCGAUUCCACCUGUUUACAUCAACAUUUAACACUCAUACAGGGGUGAAAAAAAUCCAUCUUAUAAAGGGCAGUGGAGACGAUUUAUUCUCCUCCACCUCGGAAGGCAAUGAUGCACGUUGUGGUCGAGUAUGAAGCAGAAAUACACGGGGCAGGUUGAAAAUGAUUUAAAUCCAGCUGUUCGAAGCUAAAUAACCUUCAGACUGCGUCACAAAAUGGUGAAGGCACAUAUUUGUGCCACACCUUGAGAUGUGGGACAUCCAUUGAGGUUUUCUGUACUGCUUAUAUCGCUCGGCUCAGAGCAAAAAUAAGAAGGAAUUAUGCACCAAGUAUUGUGAGAGGCAAUGGUUACUCGGCAACACAUGAUGAGUGUGAGAGGGAGAGAAAGGGAAGUAUUUUCAAGGUUUUUCUGCCCAAAUUAUAAAAUUUCUGACUGAGAGCACAUUUUUACCAUCAAUCAGAAGAGAAGGGCCGAGGAUCCUCCCCCGUAAUGUUUUAGUUUCAUUUAGUUCAGAAGAGGGUUGCGUUUUAGAGCAUAUUAUAGAUCAAACAUGUCUUCAUUUUGAACUCUCAGGUUGAUACCUGAAGGGAUUAUUCUGUCCAGACGGCUCUAUUGAUCAGCCAUGAAUCUGAUAUUUCUAUAGUGCCUUUUCCCUAACUUUUUCCCCUCAUUACGGAGGUUCAGUGUUGAUGUCGUGAAAUAGAGUUGAUAUGAAUGAUUAGAACAGUUUAGUUUUUUUUGUUGAAAUGAAUAUGGUCAAAAGACUGUCCUGCAUAGUGUGAAAUAUAGAAACUAGAGAAACAAAUCUUUCACUUCCGCAGUAGAGUUUUAAUAGCUGAACAUGUUUUAUGCCCUUGUUGCUGUAAUGUUUCAACUCAAGUCCUAUUUCACAUAAUUGGUGCCACUGGAGUCAAACUACACCCUUUAAUAUGAUAUUUUAACACAUUUCAAAAACACAGUUGUCCAAAUAAAACCUAUUUAUAAAUAGGGUAAUUUGAAUAAUGUUUCAUAAAACAUGAUAAUGGUAGAAGAAAUUAUAGAUUAUUUUUGUUUACAUUGAUACACUAGUAUGUAGAAACCUAGUUUCUAGGUUAUAUAGCCUUAAAACAAAUUAUCACCACCAAUAUGAUUAUGUUGAUGAGUCUUGUGUGAGCAGCAUGGAGCUCUUUCUCUCCAUUUUCUACCUUGUCUCCGAGUAGAGCCGAGUAGUCUAACAUCUUUCACGUUGCUCAUUUGUUUAUGUCAGAUGUGCAAAUGGGAGUAAACAAAGACAGAUGGGAAGGAGCAAAGUGCUGCUCAGCCGCCAUGACAAAAAUAUUUGUCUUUCAUCCAGUUUUGUCAGUCAAAAGAUUGUCCCGAAAUCACUUGUCAAAAUCUUGCAAAAAAAUGCCAUGAAAUAAAUCACCCUCACUGUGCAAUGCAGAUAUUCGUGGUGUGCUGUAUGUGCCAGUUUGCCAUCUCUGUACAGUCUGUCUGUGUUUGUUUGUAACCGGAGAGUGAGACAGUUGUCAGUAAAGAUAUUUAAUAAUCUGAGUCACUAUCUGUGGAUGUGAUCAAAAUAAUUUAAAUGGCUGACCUCAGGGCUUCAUAACUAACUGCUGUACAAUAUAUUCACUUAUUGAAAUAACAUACACACACUAAAUGGACUUCUAUAACCGUAUCAGGUGCUAUCAAACCACUGUACAAGUAAUAGUAGAAUUAGAUGUGUUGUUGUUGUUGUUGUUGUUGUUGUUGUUGUUGUUGUUGUUGUUGGGAGCUCAGCAACCAAACAACUUUUUUCUGGAUAAAAUGUCAUGUUACCGGGCACCUAAAGCAAACUUUAACUGUUCAAGUGUUCAAACUAUUUCCCUUCAUAUGAUUCUGUUGUGACGGUGGCUGCAGUGUUAUCUAGUUUCACAGAAGCGCCAGAAGGAUGUGUGUACGUGCAUGUAACGUUGGGUGGAAUAAUAUGUGUAAAAUAAAUGGUGUACGCUGGACUAAACUUUUAAAAAAUGUGUGUGGUGAUGAGUUGAACAAGGUUGUGGUGUAAAUGAGUCUUCAUUAAAACUACAAACUUGGAGAAGCUUAUAAUUCAUCAGAAUUCACAGGUUCAGUGUCAAAUGUGCAUCGCUUUCUAUGAUUAAAGGACGUUUCUGUGC